UCUGCGGACUUGCAUAGUGCAAUCCGGGUAACCUCCCUCACUCUCCCCCCUGCGCCUGAAAAUUUGGAAGAACAGCUGAGAAGUGGGAACCGAAAAGUGAAAAGCUCGUCGCCGUUCCCUGGGCAAAAGCCGCAAAGCCAUUCAAUCAUGGCUGAGAGCGAUACCGUCAGAGGCAAAAAACGUCGGCCAAUCGUACGCAUAGGGAUCUUCCUCAUUGCUCACAGCCUCCUCGUUAGUGCCGUUUGCUGUACUGCCGGGGUUCUGGCUCUCUUGCUGCUUCCUGUUCUUGCCAAGACCACUUACGUUUCUGAAAAUGCGCUCAUGCCAGGUUCUGUGAAUACUAUGCUUUCUACUGAUGACAUUAUGGGGGCAAAUAGACUGAUGAAGGAAUUAACAAGUUCUAACUUGAGAUCUGCAAAUUCAAGCCUAGAAAUUUCAAGAUUGAUAGCACAGCAUAUGGAAAAUUUGGGUGCUGAAGUUAGUUAUCACAAGUUUUACCCUCAAUUACAUCAGUUUCAUCCACUGCAUUUCUUUUCUGGCCCUGAUUCUGGGAUCAUCCAAGAAAAUUGUAGUUGUUCAUCUCGUGGUGUCAGUGCAGUUGGGAUAAUGAGAGCUCCCCGUGGUGAUGGGAAGGAAGCUAUAGUCCUGGUGACACCUUAUAAUUCUUCAAAGAUUAAUCCAGGUGAAGCUUUAUCACUGGGAAUUGCAUAUUCCGUAUUCUCGCUACUUGCCCGAGUUACUUGGCUGGCCAAAGAUAUUAUAUGGCUUGCUGCAGAUUCACAGUUUGGAGAGCAUGCCCCUGUUGCUGCUUGGCUAAGAGAUUAUCAUGGACCUCUAUUUAGUGGUUUGAGGAAAAUAAAUGUUGAAUUAUGUGAUGAAAGCAAUGCUUUAUAUGAGCUGCAAGAGAAACAAAUUACAAACGUUUUUAGACGUGCUGGUACUAUGGCUGCUGCCCUUGUCAUUAAGGUUGCGAAUAGAGAUGGACAAGGUCAGGACACCCUUAGAAUAUAUGCUGAGGCAUCUAAUGGACAGAUGCCAAACCUAGAUCUCAUCAAUGUCGUGAACUAUUUAGCCGUGCAUAGGCAAGGUUUACGUGUUAAAGUGGAGAAAUUAUGGUCCUUGAUCGACUCGAAAUGGGUUGAGAUUGUUGGUGAAGUAUUUGAAUUUCUAGGAAAAGUGGUUAGAAGAUUAAAUCCCCAAUGGGAGUUUGGCAUCCCUGUUGCAGAUUAUGUUGAAGGCUCUGCUACACUGGCAAGUUCGUUGUAUUUCCAGGCAUUGGGUAUUCCCACUGGUCCCCAUGGUGCAUUUCGUGAUUACCAAGUUGAUGCAAUCACUUUGGAAGUUUCACCAAAAGCUGCUCUGAUUAACAAAGCCAGGCGAAAUGAGUUUCUUCUGCGAGGUGGCGGGUUGAUCGAAAGAGUCAUUCGGUCAGUAAAUAACCUCCUCGAGAAGUUUCAUCAGUCUUUUUUCUUAUACCUUUUAACAUCUCCUAGUAAAUUUGUGUCGGUAGGAGUUUACAUGAUUGCUUUUGCACUUCUUAUCGCACCCCUUCCGAUGGUUGCAGCUUCUCUUUAUGCUGCUUCUAAAAAAGAUGACACCGCUCCUCACACAGCCUCUGCUGAUGGUGACCUUGGCAUUGCUGUUAAGUCAUGGAAAUGGCUUUUUGCUGCAAAACAAGUGUUAAUUGUGCACUUAUGGGGUACCAUUGUUUCAUUCUUUCCGUUUUUCAUCUGUCAAAUUCCCAAUUGCACCCCCACAACUAGCAUCAUAACAUGGGUUUUGCUUUCGAUGUUCAGCCUCCUCAUCUUGUACUUUAUUUUUGGCUCCCCAUUUUCACAAAACAGUGUGUUCGAGUCUCAAAAUAAAGAAUGGACUUUACUGAAAUCUGUGACAAUAUCUGUUGCCUUCAUUGGUUUGUGUCUCAUGUCAAUCAUCAACUUCGCCACAGCAGAACUUGGGGCUAUGCUGCUGGUGCCAAUGUGCUUGAUUGCUCACCCCUUAAAGCUUGAAAUUGAAUCUGGGAACUUGAGAUCUUUUAUCCGGGCUGCUAGUAAUCUAAUAUUGGGAGUCAUCGGAUUUCCACCAGCAGCGUUUUUUGUUUUAAAAGGCAUAAUUGAAGGUUUCAGCAAUGUGAAUGUUGGUGAUUUCUGGACUCGGGUUGAAUCCCUUUGGGCAUGGAAUAGUGCCACUUACCUUUAUAUGGGCAUGAUUCAUCUGCCUUGCUGGGCUUUAUGCAUUCAUAUUUUAUUCCAUCCGCACUGACAACCAUCCGUAAUUUUAUCCUGCAAAUUAUUACACCAUAGACUAGCAGAACAGGAUAUGAAGGUAAUAUCAUUUCCCUCAAUGAGUUCUUAUCUGAAUUUCUCAAUGGUAAUUUGACAAUGGACUAGACCCUCUUAAUUGUCAGAACUUACAAACAUAUGAGGGUCGGCUUGGCUUGCAAGAUUGUGGAACUCUGCAAAAUUUUUUUUGGACUGGCUCUCCAAAUGAAUAUUAUUUGAAUAAAAGCAAGAGAACUGGUCAGAUGGUUAGAAUUGUGCAGUGACCGUCAUUGAGUGAAAUUUGCUCCAUCUUUUGGUUUGGCAGGUUCCUUUCAUGGCAACCUCUCCAUUAAUAUCUAGCGAACACACACCAGGUAACUUCAUGACCUGAAAUUGGUUCAUAACUUGAAGGAAAAGAGAAUCAGGAAUCAGAAAACCCAUUUUCAGUACUACCAUUAUGGAGUAUCUUGGAAGAGUGAAGGCAUGAAAGCAAAAGAAAGCAAUUUUUUUCCCAUAUAGUAUGAGUGGUGAAGAGUUGCUUUCUUUGGAUUAAAGGGUAUGAUCAAAACAGCCCUUUUGCUUAUUGUUGCUGCCAGAAAAGGUGCUUGCUUUGUGUUUGUGUUGUUUUUCACAGUGAAUUGGGGAAAGAGGAGGAUUGAUGAAGACCCGGUGUCUCGCUGGAUUGUUCUCCAGACAGAAUAUAUUGUUUUCCUGAACUUUUUUUUUUUUUUUUUUUUCGAGACAGAUCACAGAUCUGAAGGCCAUAUUCCACACCCACCUCAAAAGAAAGGUAUUUUGCAAGAAUAGCAGAGAGAAGAUUGUCAUGGAGUCGUGAAAGCUAAUGAACUUCAUUUCUUUUUUAUUGAAUGAUCAAGGCAUCUACCUUUUCUUUUUAAGAUUGUUGUGUUAUUUCUGCUCAUGCACUGUUUAUGGAUCCAUCACUGUGGUGCUUUGGGUGGCAAUUUAUUAUGAUUUGAUAA